AUGUGAUUUUAAUGAAUUACCGGUUACCAGUCAAGCAGGUAACAUAUAAAAUCAAUCACAGAAAAGAAAAAAAAAGAGACUUUUCUUUUUUCUCUCUCGCCGUCUCGCGUUCUCUCUCUCUACUUCUCUGCUGCGUUCUUUUAAUUCUGCUCCUUCUCAUUGUUCUUGGUCGAUCUUCACCUCGUCUUCAUACAAAUCUCAGGCAGAUUCGAAUUGAAUCAAGCCACUUGCUUCGAUUUUUCCCCAAUGGAAACCCAUGUGAAAAUUUCCCAUUGAAGAAAAACAAAGAAGAGAGGUUAGAAAUCAACAUGAACAGAGAAAGUUCUCUUAAAGCAACUUCAAAAUUUUCUGAGCAAAGUCAACUUCCUGUUAUAAAUGGUAAAGGUAAUGGUCAAUUGAUGUAUAAAAAGAAAGGGUCGAAGAAGACACAACAUGAUUCAAGUGUUAAAAAUGGGAAGCCAUCAAGUGUGUUUAAGAGGAGAGUAUUUUGCUUCUCAAAAUCCUUUCUUGAGAAUAGGCAUUUGCACCCAUGAAUGGAGGAACUGCUUCUGAGUUACCUGAUACAAACUCCUGGAAGCAGCCAUUUGAUGCUCAAAGAUACUUUUCAUAUAGUGAAAGUGACUGACAGGACUGUGUAUACCUUUUUUUUUUUUUUUUUUUUUUUUUGAGAAUAGGACUGUGUAUACCUAAAUAAAGAAAAGGAGCAAGUUGAGACAAUUUUCCCUUAGUUUUUCUCUCAAUCUAUUACUAUUGGUGUCAAUGCUUUAGCCAAGACAGCAGCUGGAGCCUGCCCCCUUACUGUA